GUCCUUCCAAUUACCUUCGCACAACUACACGCACGAAUUCACGCCACCUUGACGACCACGUUAAUAGAUACCUUCCCUAUCAGACGAACAUCCAUUUAUCCAGAUUUUAUCACCUGAUCGACAAAAAUACAAUGGCGGACACACCGGAGAAACAGCCGGUCAUCGUUGAAGAAUCGAAGCCGACAGCCGACGAAACGACUCCUGCUACUGCAACCGAGACAACAGAGCAGCAAAAUGCCAACACACCCGCCACAGACGAUGCGGACAUUCUUGUUGACAAUGAUAUCAAGUCAAGAAAAGUCACACUCGCUGACCUGACUGCCAAAGCUUCGGCGCUGUAUGUGAGGAAGGAGUACAACCAAGCGGCCGAUCUUUAUUCGGCCGCUGUAGCCAUGGCAGUCGAUAUGACCGACGGACUCGAUAUCCACCCCGACAAUGGCGAGAUUUUCUUUCUGUACGGUCGCAGCAUGUUCAAGAUUGGUCAGGCGAAGAGCGACGUGCUCGGCGCCAAGGCAGCCGGCGAGAAGAAAACAGACAAGGCACAGCCCAAGGCCGUUGAGGCGGAAGCGAAGAAGUCGACGCAGGAAAGCGUUGCGGCUGCGGUGGUGGAAGUGAGCGACAACAAGAAGGCCGAGCCCGGUCCGGCCAAAAAGCCCUUGUUCCAGUUCGAGGGAGACGAGAACUUUGAGGCCUCAGACGAAGACGAGGAGGAUGACGAAGCUGAGGAUGGAGACGAAGAGGAUGAGAUGGAAAUCGCGAACGACACCCUUGAGAUUGCACGUCUCUCGCUUGAAAAGAGACUAGCUCUGCUAGAAGAACAGGAGAGCCAGACCAAUGGCAAGGGCAAGGGCGUCGUUCAAGAAGGCGACAGCGCCAACGUUCGCCAUGUCAAGGAGCGCCUAGCUGAUACCUACGACCUUUUGGCGGAAAUCAAUUUGGAGAAUGAAAAGUUUUCCCUCGCAAGCCAGAAUUUCCGCGAAUCCCUGAAGUACAAGAAAGAACUCUACCCACCCGAGUCGGAGAUUCGCGCCGAAGCCCAUUACAAGCUUGCGCUCGCCCUCGAAUUCGCCUCCAUGACAACUACGGCAGAGGCAGGCGCUGACCAGGCACUGGAUGAGGAUUUGCGAGAGGAAGCCAUCUCGGAGAUGGAGGCGGCCAUUGCAAGCACGAAGCUCAAGCUCCAGGCUAAAGAGGUCGAGUCGGCUGAGACGGCCAACCCUGAGGAGAACACUGCCACCAAGGCUCAGAUAAGCGACGUGCGGGACAUGAUCGAGGACAUGGAACACCGGCUCGAGGAGAUGCGGAAGCCCGCCAUCGACUUCAAAUCCGUCCUCGGGACGGCCGCCGGUGAUGCUCUUCAAGGCAUCUUCGGGUCCGCGCUCGGAGAGACACCCGCUCAGAUGAAUGUUCGCGUCCAGGAUGCUAAGAAGACGGCAACCGAUCUCACUGGCCUAGUGCGGAAGAAGGAGAAGAAGAAUAAGGACGAGUCGCAGUCGUCGGCGGCCCAGGAGAACGGCCACGAGUCCAACGGCACGAAGCGCAAGGCGGAGGAGGCAGCCGAGACCGAAGACGCAUCUAAGAAGGCGAAGGUCUCUGAGGCGGCCGCCUAAGCUGUGGGUCUAAGUGCCCCUCGACUUGUUGCGUUGGUUCUCCGGUCCGCGCUGGUCGGAGUGUUUCUAUAUUACGAGUGUGUAUUGUACGACUAGGGUCAAUGGCUCUCUCGAGGUUCACGAGAAAUGGGUUGGGCUGGAUUUGGACGGCGG